AACUUUGUCCAUACAAGGAUGAAAAGGGGGAGGCAGGGGUAAGCAGAACAUGUGGGAGAGAAAGACCUCCCUCCCAAAUCCAGAGGCAUACAGAUACACAGAGCAAUUCACUUCAGUCUAACUGUCUGUAAAAAGGAUCAAGAACCAAAGAGAGCAGAGGAUAAUAGAAAAAGCAACUGACAGAGACCAGAGACUACAAGCUCAAAGAUUGGGAGACCGCAAGAAAAAGAAGCUGUUUAUAAACCACUACAGCUGCCGGAGGGAGGCAAGCAGAGAAGAUAAUAAAAGACAAAACCUUUUUACCGAGAAAGGAAGAAGAAGAAAAGGGAUAAAAUUACAAUCACUCACUGAGAUACUUCAGAAGUGUCUGCACGAAGAGGCAAAUUCAUCCAGCAAAAGUAUCAAAUGGAACUCCAUAAGCCAAAAAUAAACUAAAGACUCUGCAAAGAACUAAACUUAUUGCAAAGCAUUCUAGAAACCAGACUGAGAAACAGGCAAAGCUAGAGGCACCACUGCUACUAUUGCUUUUAGCAGACUAAACUACUACACUGACAUAUUGUGUGCAAUAUCCUAGGAGAAAGAAAAUGAUCACUUUUAUGUUCAUCCUUACAUUUUCUGCUGUCAUUCCAUUGCCAUCCUCUGGUGAGAUUGGGGAGCACGAUGCUCUUUGUGGUCCAGGUGACUCUUGCUAUGCACUGUUUUACCAAAGGCGUGGUUUUCUGGAGUCCUGGAGAGCCUGCAGAGAGCGCGGAGGCAAUUUAGCCACUGUGAAAAGUGACCAAGAAGCAGCUUUAGUUGAGCAACUUCUCACCUCUUCAUCAAAAUCACGUGGUGAUGUGGAUCAGCUGCAGCUAAGGUUCUGGAUUGGGCUACAGCGCCAACCUAGGCAGUGUGCACCACAAAAGCCCUUACGUGGCUUCACCUGGACAACAGGAGACCAAGACACAGCUUUUACCAAUUGGGCCCUUCAGCCUGUAUCUUUGGGGCCCCCUGGCUCCUGUUCAGCCCCCCGCUGUGUGGCUAUAGGUCUGGGAUAUGGAAAGCCAGAGGAUGAUUUCAAGUGGCUGGAAGGUACCUGUACUUUGCCUGUUGAUGGGUUUGUGUGCAAAUUUCGCUACCAAGGAAUGUGUCCAGCACUAUCUGAAGGUUCUGUCCGCUACUCUGUGCCCUUUGGCUAUCAUGGUACUUGGCUUGACCGCCUUCCUUUUGGCUCAGUGGCAGCUGUGUCAUGUGAGAGGCAAAAACAAGAUGUUUCUGUACUCUGUAUGUUAAAGGAAGAUGGCACUGUGGGAUGGAACGUAAAUGAGCCACUUUGUCACACGGCUCCUUCCCAAUGUAGUAAAUGCCAGCAGCUUUGUGGGGAGGGAGGAGUUUGUGCUUGCCAUGAAGGAUACACUCUACAGCUGGAUGGACAUUCCUGUGAACCAGAUGAUGACAUGAGCUUUGAGGAUCAUGACAGAGUAAAUGGAUGCCCAUGCCAAUAUCGUUGUUUAGACCUUGAAAAGGGCAAAGGAUACCAGUGCAUAUGCCCAGAGGGCUACCAGCUGGCUGCUGAUGGGCACCACUGUGAAGAUAUAGAUGAGUGUGAAGAAGGUGAUGAAGGACCUUGCGAGCAUUCUUGUCAGAAUACCCCUGGUUCAUAUGUCUGCUCAUGUGACCUUGGAUUUUCUGUCUUAGAAGAUGAUCCUAGUCGCUGUGUGGAUGUAGAUGAAUGUCAGAUUGCCAGGGUAUGCCAACAGAUGUGUGUUAACUAUGUGGGUGGCUUUGAAUGUUUCUGUAGUGAGGGCUAUGAGCUGGAUGCAGAUGGAGUGACUUGUAAGCUUAUUGGGCAUACAGAAAAUAGAUAUGCACCUGAGGCUCCUUUUAGCACAUCUGAGGAGAGGAUUGAGGAAGAGGACGAAGUAUGGUAUGAAGGAGGGAUGGAAGAAGAAAGUUUUUUGACACAGUGGGGUAUGUCAGAGACAGCAACAGAGGGAAGCAAGGAGAGAUGGGAUUCCAGGGAUAAUGCAAAGAGGGAGUAUGGGUUGACAGGAGAGGUGGAGAGUUGGGGUGCCACAGUUCAGCCUGAGGUUGAGGUUAUUAUAGACACAACCAUGUCUCCACUGGAUAAAUGGGAAGAAGUGACAUAUCCUGUAGUACCAGUGACACACAAGCAGCAUGGAAUAAUUAAUCAUCCCUUUCCCUGGGACGAGGAGGAGAAGAAGAAGGAAGAGGAGGAGGGAGAUUCUGUUGUCUUUACUACAAUUUGGCCAGCCCAGAACACAUUAGCUGCAGAUACAUAUGACAGUGAAAAGACAACUGAUUUCCCCACCACAUCAAUGAGUUCAUCUACAGCUUCUUCAGAUCUGGCAGACAUAACCUCAGAAUUUCCAACAGAAAAAGUCAGUGUUACUGAAGUCACUGAAGAAGAAAUCACCUUUGCUAACCCUUUAACAGAAAACACAGAAUGUUCCACAUGUUCCUUAAAAAGUACCAAGGACCCAACAUCAUUAGACCAAAAGAAAAACAUCAAUCAUCCACCAACCACAUUGGGCCUGAAUGUAGAAAUAGAUAAUAGUUUAACAACCAUUCCUCUGCCAGGACACCAGCUCAAUAACUCUGAGGUGGAAACUCCGCUACUUUCCACAUUUUCACCUCUACCACCUCAGGAAACAAAGAGUAGAAGGGAUAACCGGUGGCUGAUUGUAGCACUGCUGGUUCCUCUGUGUGUUUUCCUGGUUAUUAUGUUAGCACUUGGCAUUGUUUACUGCACCCGAUGUGGAGGAGAAACAAAACCACGCAGUGUCAGUGACUGCUAUCACUGGGUGACUGGAGGAGGACCUGAGAAAGGCCUUGCCCCCACAGGUGGAGAAACACAAUGUACACAAGCAGCUGUUUGAAAGGAGAUAAAUAUUACAUUAUAAAUAUGAA